CUUCAGACCAUGGCCAGCACCCCACUGAGAUGGAGACCCACCGCUGUUGCACCGUCAGCCUUCCUCCUAACGAUCUUCUUCAUCUCAGGGGCAUCUACCUUGACCUGCUUCCACUCCACCUUAGUCACACUUUUCAGUUCCGAGGGAAAGAAGAGGUUUAGUUUGUCCACAGAGAGCAUGAAUGUCACAUGUUCCUCUGAAGCGAAUGCUUGCAUGUGGGCUCAACUUGAACUCAGCACAGAUGGAGGAACUGUGCUUGUAAACCACGGAGACUGUGCUCUUAAAGACCUCCGUCACAAAGACGCAUCCGUCACCUCUGGGGAACAGUACGUUGCCACCCAGUCUGAUGUCCACUAUUGUCUCCAUGACUUUUGCAAUGUGCAAACAGCCCCGGGAAAGGUCUCCAGCAGCCCUGGAGGGAAGAAAGUGCUUGGAGCAGACUGGCCCAGCCUGUGCUAUUCCGGCUUCAACUUUGAGCACACAGAACCCUUCCUGGAGAGAGUGAGAUGCAGAAAAGGAUACUCGCAGUGCUACCAAGGAGAAAGCACCAUCACCGUAGGACUCCUCGUCAUCCCCAUGUACGUCCGGACCUGCCAGCGUCAGGCCUGUGCAGUGCCUUCAAGCCAGUCCUUUGGCCCCGUGACGAUCACCAGCCAGAAGGGGUCCUGCUGUACUGGCAGCUAUUGCAACGCCAAGAACGCAGCUGCUGAAAUCCAGAAGCACAACCAAUCAGUUCCUUCUCCUGGUACUCAUGGCACACGUCUCUCCACCGCUGCCACUGACCCUGACAUUGAAGGCGGCAUCAACAGAACCUCUCCAGUGCCUACAGUGUGGUCUCUUCCACCAGGCCACCCCUGGGAAAGCAGCCCCAGCAGCCCCACCACGGGAUCGAAUUAUGACUACGACAAAUAUGACGCUGAUUUCAAUGAAAACCCAACAACCAUCCUCCCGUUUAUUCCACCAAGAAAUGGCUCAGGUCCCCAGCGGUGCCCCAUCCAACUUGCCCCUUUGCUGGUAAUCCUCAGACUGGCAGUCCUUGGGAUAUGGUGGUGGGAAAUGGGGCCGGAGUGGUGACGGCUGGCUUCUGUACGAAGGGCAGAAAGAAAGGGGAGAAGCCAGAGCAGUCAGUCUAACUCACUUCUGCUUCCACCCACCCAGUUCGCACAUCAGCUGUGAGGCCAAAAUCUUGAGCACUAGAAGGCAGUGAUAAGCUUGCCAGGUCACAGCCUGGAGAAUUCAUUUUAUGCCGAAAAAUCUUUUCCCUGCAAGGGGAGAUUCCUCCUCUGCUGUGCCCUACACACCAUAGAAAUCUGGGUCACAUCCUGGCCAUCUAAAGCAGGAUGACAGAGUUAGGUUUCCUGUUCCUUAGUAGCUUUUUUCAGGCCUGUGCUAUUGUUCAAAUUGUAUUAUCAAUGUUACUUUCAAGAUUAUAUUAAUGCAAUACAUAUUAAUAAAAUACACACCUAUUAACAGAA